ACGUUUCGCUCUCAGCAGUUAAGCAAGUGUCAACGCUGUUAUCACUCAGGCUCAGGCACUUAACGUUCGUUUUCACUUGGCGGUUAAUUGAAUUGUAUUCAAAAUCCAAUUACAAUGGACUUGAUGACCAUGGACCAUGAUGAUCAUGGAUCAGAAUCUGUUACCGCUGCCAAAUCUUGCCCAAUGAUCAUGGUGUUCCAUGGCGGCCACUGUGAGCGAAUUUUGUGGCGUGGCUGGGUGGCAGCAACAGUUACCGAGUUCGCCUUCUCCUGCAUUGCAUUUUUUGUGCUCUCUUUUCUCUACGAGCUGCUCAAGUUUCUGCGUGAGCAACUAAUUCGGCGAGAGGCGCGCAGGGAGGCUGAGCUGGCAGCGGAGCUGCGUCAGAAGAACAGUAUGAACGACUGCGGAGGCGGCUGCUCGGAAACGCCACUGGCUGAAAUCAGGGAGAAGACAUAUUGGCAACGCAUUUUCAACACGCCGCACAUAAUCCAAUCUCUGUUGAAUCUGGUGCAAAUUAUCAUUUCCUAUUUGCUCAUGUUGGUAUUCAUGAACUUCAACUAUUGGCUGUGCUUGUCCGUGGUUUUGGGUCUGGGCGUGGGUUACUUUUUCUUUGGUUGGAUCAAGAAAGAUCCGCAAGAGAGCGAGUGUUGCCCUUGAACAAACUAUAUUCAGCUAAGGCUCACAUAUAUAUUUACAGCACAAUAUGUAUGUAUUUCAAGAUUUAAAAUAAGCCUGCAACUAGUAUUUUUUUUUUGUUUUUUUUUUUUUUUAAGUUUGAUUGAAGCGCCACGCCUUCAGUCCGAGCAUGUUUCUUGUCAGCCCACUUUACCGCAAAGUUAUUAUAAAAGUGGCAUUAAUAUUUUGCUUGAAAAAAAAAACAAUUUUAUUUAUAAAAUUUCGUUUUGAGUUUUAUGGCAUAAAUUAGUCAACUAGUAUAUACUUAAAGAGCAUAAUGUACAAAUAAUUAUGAGAACAAGAACCUAGGUUUAAUAAAGU